AUGGAGAACGGGAUGGUCGAAUUUGAUAUUGCUUUGGGAGGAGGAGAUUACCAAGAGGACCCUAUUGAGAUCGAUGAGGACGAAGACGAAGAUGAUGAAGAUGAAGACUGUGGUGCUGUCUAUUUUCCAGAUGCCGGAGAUCUCGAACCUUCUGAUGGCAUGGAAUUUGAGUCUGAAGAGGCUGCCAAAGCUUUCUAUAAUUCCUAUGCUCGUCGUGUUGGCUUUAGCACUCGUGUCAGCUCCUCCCGUCGUUCGCGUCGCGACGGAGCCAUCAUUCAGAGACAAUUCGUUUGUGCUAAGGAAGGCUUUCGCAAUUUGAACGAGAAACGCACCAAAGAUAGAGAGAUCAAAAGGCCGCGAACUGUUACCAGAGUUGGAUGCAAGGCUUCUUUUUCUGUCAAAAUGCAAGAUUCCGGCAAGUGGAUCGUUUCCGGUUUUGUCCGAGAGCAUAAUCACGAACUUGUUCCGCCGGAUCAGGUUCACUGCCUUCGCUCUCACAGGCAAAUAUCUGGAUCUGCCAAGACCCUCAUUGACACUCUUCAGGCAGCUGGUAUGGGUCCUCGGAGAAUUAUGUCAGCACUCAUCAAAGAGUAUGGUGGUAUUAGCAAAGUCGGCUUUACCGAGGUUGAUUGUAGGAAUUACAUGAGGAAUAAUCGCCACAGAAGUUUACAGGGGGAUAUUCAACUUGUUCUUGAUUAUUUGAGACAGAUGCACGCCCAAAACCCUAAUUUCUUCUUUGCUGUUCAAGGUGAUCUUGACGACGACGAUCAUUCAAUCAACAAUGUUUUCUGGGCUGACCCUAAGGCAAGGUUAAAUUACACUUUUUUCGGAGAUACAGUCACUUUUGACACUACUUACCGCUCUAAUAGGUAUCGAUUACCCUUUGCUCCUUUUACUGGUGUCAACCAUCAUGGUCAACCGGUUCUCUUUGGUUGUGCUUUUCUAAUUAAUGAAUCCGAGGCUUCCUUUGACUGGCUUUUCAAAACAUGGCUUAUCGCCAUGUCUGGACGUCACCCACUCUCAAUAACUACCGAUCAUGAUUCUGUUAUUCAGUCCGCCAUAAUGCAAGUAUUUCCCAACACCCGUCACCGUUUCUGCAAGUGGCACAUCUUUAAGCAGUGCCAAGAGAAGUUGUCUCACAUUUUCCUCCAGUUUCCAAGUUUUGAAGCUGAGUUUCACAAAUGUGUUAAUUUGACUGACUCAACUGACGAAUUCGAGUCUUGCUGGUCCACACUUGUAGAUAGAUACGGUCUCAGGGACAAUGAAUGGCUUCAGGCAAUACAUUCCGCUUGCAGGCAGUGGGUACCUGUAUAUUUGCGAGACACCUUCUUUGCCGAAAUGUCCAUCACUCAGCGAAGUGAUAGCAUGAACUCUUACUUUGAUGGCUAUGUCAAUGCUUCCACCAGUUUAAAUCAGUUCUUUAAGCUUUAUGAGAAAGCGCUUGAAAGUCGCAAUGAGAAAGAAGUAAGAGCAGAUUAUGACACAAUGAAUACUUUGCCUGUAUUGAGGACCCCGUCUCCGAUGGAGAGGCAAGCAUCCGAGCUUUACACAAGAAAGAUUUUCAUGAGGUUCCAAGAGGAGUUGGUCGGCACACUAACAUUCAUGGCAUCCAAAGCGGAGGACGAUGGAGAGGUCAUUACAUAUCAUGUAGCUAAAUUUGGAGAAGAUCAUAAAGCAUACAUAGUUAGAUUCAAUGUUUUGGCGAUGAAAGCGACUUGCAGUUGCCAAAUGUUUGAGUUUUCAGGUCUUCUUUGCAGACAUAUUCUUGCGGUCUUUAGAGUUACCAAUGUCCUUACUCUUCCAUCUCAUUAUAUACUGAAACGAUGGACAAGAAAUGCCAAGAGCAAUGUCAUUUUGCAAGAACAUUCUUGUGAUGUAUAUACUUACUAUUUGGAAUCUCAUACAGUUAGAUAUACCACUCUUCGACACGAGGCCUUUAAAUUUGUUGAUAAAGGUGCAAGCUCCCCUGAAACUUUUGAUGUUGCAAAGGAUGCUUUACAAGAAGCUGCAAAAAAAGUUGCACAGGUAAACCGAAAUGAGGGGAGAACUCCCAUCAGCAAUGGGAAGGUUAGGAGUCACAUGCUGAAUGAUGAAAGCCGUGCUAAUUACACUAGUGGCUGCCAGGAUGAAAGCUUGGUCGAGCAUAUGAAUAAGGAUGAUAUGGAUAAGCAUAUAUCAAAACUUACGGAUGAGCUUGAGUCUGCAAAUAGGAAGUGUGAAAUUUACCGGUCCAACUUGCUCUCUGUUUUAAAAGCUGUUGAGGAUCACAAGUUAGAGUUGUCAGUGAAGGUGGAAAACAUUAAGAUAAGCAUGAAAGACGGCCUGUGA